AGUGAAUACCUGCUACUGGAAGCACCGCCGCAGGAGGGCGACCACCAUCGAUUCUCCAGCACCGGCAAAUCCCAUCCCAUGACGCCUCCCUCUUUACCAUGAUCCUCACCCCAGUCCGCUGACACCUCCAUCGUGCCUCCGAGUUCUGCGCCGUCCGGCCGCAUCGCGGAGACAUGACUUGAGGGCUGCGGGAACGCGUGCGCUGCUUAGACAUUAUGUCCUCGCCUGAUCUCGACGCCGCAAACCGGGCCGCACGCUUCUCCCAGAUCCUCUCGCGCCUGGUUGAGGUCCCGGGAUACACUUGGGCUGUGGACAGAGAACCGUUCCAUUCGUCCUACGACAACUGGCACUUCUUUGGCUUCCAGAAUGCCAACUCCGACGGCCCCCAGUCGCGCGGCCGCUCCACUCCUCACAAGUCCUCGCAUUCCCAGUCCCACUCGAGCUCUCACUCGCCGGACAGCAGUGAUGCCACCGUCACACCCACAACAAAUCAAGCGCCGCAGCAACGCCAGGUCAUCGCACGCGUCUCAAAACACCUGCUUCGUCUGGAAAGGGAAUACCAGCUCUGCAAAGCCGUAGUAGAGAAAUCAGAUCCCGAAUGCAAACACUUUGUCAGGCCGUUGGAAAUCGUCCGCCUCCCACCAAAGUCUGGAAAUCCCGAGAGCCUGGUGUGCUCUAUUUUUGAAGCACCAGGCGUCAACUACCUUCGCGAAUUAAUAGAGUUGGGACCAAAUGCCUUCCAGCUUGCAUCCAAAACCGGUUGGGAGUUUAAAGCAUUGGGCAAGAGCAUCGAGCGGGUCCCUCUGCUUACCUUCCUGGACUUUGCCGUUGGUGCUACCGAGUGUUGCGAAAUUCUGCACCAUGGAAAUCGCAUAGUACAUGGCGAGCUGCGGGGAGAUGCGUUUCACUUCAAUAUGGAAACUGGCGUGGUGAAGAUGAUAAACUUUGGGUCUGGGGCGCGGUCCUUUGAGAAUGGUUUGACUAGCGCGGGAUGGUCUUCCCUAAGCCGCGAAGUAGGAGUUGAGCAUAAGCUACAGUUCAUCGCCCCGGAGCAGACGGGACGUUUACCGGCUGAGCCGGACAGUCGUACUGAUAUAUACAGCCUUGGAAUAGUGUUCUGGACGAUGCUCACAGGAGAAACUGCCUUCGACGGCAACAACCCUCUUGAUGUCAUGCAAAAUGUCCUCUCGAAGAGAAUAGCUCCGGUCUCAACGAAACGGAUAGAUGUACCGGACGUGCUAUGUGCUGUAAUCACGAAAAUGACACAGAAGAAUAUCGGCGAACGUUAUAAUUCUACCUCAGGCCUGAAGCACGACCUCGUGCAGAUUCAGAAACUUCUUUACGAAGGUGACGGAGAAGGUCUCCAAGCAUUCAAAAUCGGCACCAAGGAUAUCUCCUGUUUCUUUAAUUUACCCUCGAAACAGAUUGGACGCGAAAAAGAGCGGGCACAAAUUGUGGCAAUUGUGGAAGGCGCUUCAAAACGACAACGGCAACCUCAUCUAUCUGCCAAGGGACUUAGUAGUCUUAGCUCGAACUCCUCAUACUCCACAUCUCACCUUGAAUCUGCAGCCCAGAUCGACGAUCUGAUUUCGGAUAGCACCAGCUCCAGGGGCUCCGAAAGCCGGAUGGGGAGUGGCAAUGGUGCCGUACAUAUGGAAGCUACAAGAUCAGUGCAUCAGAAAUCACAGGACAGCAUCAGACAAUCCGAAAAUUCUACUCCUGAUGGACUCUCGGAGUUACCGGAUUCAAGACCAUUAUUCAUGGGAACUAGAUUUGAGAGCAAGCCCUCUGUCGGCAGCACAGACGGUUUUUCUUCCAAUACAUCUAUUCAACGGUCAGGCAUGCCUGGCACCGAUGGAUCGACUUCUCUUCUGCGCAACGCCCAGAAGAUGAAAAGGAAAAGUCGAUGUGAAGUCAUCACAAUUUCAGGGGCAGCUGGCCUUGGGAAGUCCUCUCUCGUGCAGAGCAUUCAGAUCGCAGCUAGGAGCCAUGGAUACUUUGCGUCAUCCAAAUUUGACCAAGCAAAACGAGCGCCCUUCGACCCUAUCCUGAAGUUGAUGUCCUCCCUCUUUCGGCAGAUUUUCUCAGAGAGCGACGUGUCCACCGAGUUUCACAACAACAUACGUGCAUAUGUGAAACCCGUUUGGCCUCUCCUCCACAGCUACUUAAAUCUACCAGAGUGGCUGCUUGAUUCUGGUAGCAUGCCAAAGCCACAGCAGCGAGAUGUGCAAGCUAUCAAAAGCCCACGUCGAGCAUCCUCUCCAGCUGUACACUGCGGAAGUGCAGGAAAUACUGCAGCAGAUUGGUUGCGAUCUGGUGGCUCAACAAAAUCUUCGAGGUUCAUGAACACUUUCAUCGAAGUACUCCGCCUUUUUGCGGUUUGUAAAUUCAUCUGCUUCUGCGUUGACGAUCUUCAGUAUGCCGAUCCUGAAAGCCUGGAACUUAUUCAAAACAUUAUCUCCGGCCGCAUUCCGAUAGUGCUCAUAUUAACGUACCGGGAAGAAGAUGGCCUACCGAAAGAAACUCGUUCCAUGCUGCGUUCCGCAACCAAGGUGCAGUUGCGACCAUUCAACGAGGAUCAGACAGCGGAGUAUGUUUCGGAAACAUUGCAUCGAGAUCGCGACUAUGUUUUACCACUUGUCGCUGUAAUCCAGGAGAAAACUAUGGGCAAUCCUUUCUUCAUUCGCGAAAUGCUGGAUACGUGCUAUCGCAAGACCUGCGUUUAUUACUCAUGGAAAGGUUCUACCUGGGAGUAUGACCUCGAUAAAGUGUUCACUGAGUUUGAGUCUCAAACAUACGGAUCGCAAAUCAAUAACGACUUUGUGACAAAGAGGCUACAAGAGCUACCACUCCCUACGAGAUCGUUACUCGCGUGGGCUUCCCUGAUCGGCAACAGCUUCUCAUUCAGCCUUGUAAAGAAAUUGAUGGAUGAAGAGACUGUGCUGUCGAACGCUUCUGGGAUACCCACCUUGACCGAUCCACAGGACUCAGUGUUUGCACUACAAGGAGCUCUCUCGUCCUAUAUACUGAUGGCCGGCGAGGACGAAGACAAGUUCAGAUUCUCUCACGAUCGAUACAUGCUAGCCGCAACAUCAUUAACAGAGUGUUACAACAAGUCGGAAAUGCACUUUGCGAUAGCCAAGACCAUGAUCGAGAACGACUAUCACGAUGACACGGCCGCCAACUCGAAAGGCCUCUACAUUCGAAGUCGACACAUCUGCCUGGCAGUUGAUCUCAUUAAGUCAAGAGUGCAAAACCGUGCCUCCUACAGAGACGUCUUAUACCAGGCCGCAGAAAAUGCUCGAGAGUCUGGAGCACGCUCAACCGCAUUAUACUACUAUACGCAUUGUCUUAAUUUGCUACAGGACGAUCCCUGGGACGAAAAGAUACCCGACGUACUUUAUCAGGAAACUUUAACCUUGUUUACCCGGUCAGCAGAGUGCUACUGGUUUCAAGGCAUGUUCGAAGAGGCACUAGGCUUACUACAAACUACGUUUAGUAAAGCAAAGGAUGCCGUGGACAAAGCUCCCUCAUGGAUCUUGCGGUCUCGAGUGUUCGCUGUGAAGGGUGACAGUUUCGCGGCGUUCCAAGCGCUCGAGCAAUGUUUAUCGGAUCUUGGGGUCGAUAUUGGGCAAACGACUUGGGAAGGAUGUGACUCUGAGUUUCAACGGAUAUGUUCUGAACUGAAAAACGUUGAUGGGGACGAGCUGGUAGCGAGAGCUCCGACGGGCGAUCGGAAUCUGAUGACAAUGGGUGCCGUCUUCGUGGAGUUGCUCAGUGCCGCUUUCUGGAGUAAUUCGCUCCUCUUCUAUCAAAUCACGUUGAAAAUGGUAGAUCUACAUCUGCACAGAGGAACAGUUCCCCAAAUCGGCUUGGGCUAUGUUCACUUGGCAUCGAUCUGUGCAGGUCGAUUCAACAUGGUGGAGUAUGGCGUUGAAAUUGGCGACAUGGCUAAACGCCUUCUGGAGGUCUAUCGCGAAGAGCCUUAUACUGUCGGACGCGGGCAAACUCUGCAUGCCCUAUUUAUGGGUCAUCUUCAGACACAUGUCCGCGAUCAGAUUCCUAUACUCAACCGUGCAAUGGAGGCGAGCCUUGUAGCGGGGGAUCGCAUUCUUUCAUUGCUAAAUUUAGGGGUUGUCGCUGCGUUUAGACUGUGGUCAUCCUACGACCUCGCAGAGUUAGAAGCUUGGAUAGAAGAAGCUCCUAUGGAGUUCAAGAAUUGGCAAGAGGACUUGCGUGGGGGUGUCUUCCUCAUUAGCGUCAGGCAGUACGCUCGCGCAUUGCAAGGAAAAACGCACACCCAUUCCGCAGAGCACGUAAUGUCAGACGAUGAACACCAGACGACAGCAUACCUCGAGCACCUCGAUUCAAAGGCUUCCAAUUCGAAACGACCUAGAACUAUAUACUUGAGCUACAAGCUUAUUGUAUUGUACCGAUUUGGAUUCAUUUCUGAAGCGAUCGCGGUUGGAGAAGCGCUUCUCCCCAUGAUGGAAAGUGUGUGGUGUAUGCGCCUCCAAUAUUCCAACCUUUUCUAUCUUUCCUUAGCCUAUCUAGCUACCAUCCGCGAACAGUUCUCUACCAUCAGCGCAUUCAACAAAGGCAAAUUACUAGAUUUUGUCAGGUCAUCGAUCAGCAAAAUACGGUCCUGCUGUGCUGUCACCGACAUCAACUAUAGCAUAUGGCUAUCUCUCCUCAAUGCUGAGCUGCACGACCUUGAUGGAGACCGAGUAACGGCUUUGGUGCACUACGAAGCUGCCAUCGAUCACGCUGAGCUCCAUGGGUUUCUUCUUGAUGAAGCUCUCUCGUACGAACUCUAUGCAGAAUUUCUCCAACGUGCAGGAUCUACUCGUCCGGCUCGCCGUAUGCUGAAGGACUGUGUUUCAACCUACCGACGUCUCAGCGCUUUUGGAAAAUCCGAUCAAUUAGCUGCCAAAUACGAGUGGCUCAUCCAGGGGACCUCCAGCCUAUCCACUAUGGAUGUCGCUUGUCAGACGACUAUCAUUGAUACCGGCAAUACCCCUUUCAAGCUAGAGCAGAAUGAAGACCAAGAGGCACGUAUGCUCGGCGCAGAAACUUCGGUGGAUCGCACGCACGCUUGGCUCGGCCCAAGCAAUUCCUCCGGCGCAGGAAAGCAACCGGCAACUCAUAACGACCUUCAAGGUGGAUUUUCGGCUGUCGGACUUGAUAUGAUUGACCUUACCAGCAUUCUGGAGUCCUCGCAGGUUCUAUCUUCCGAGCUUCAAGUUGAUCGAUUGUUGGCGAAGAUGACGGAGAUUAUUUUAGAAGCUACAGGAGCAGAUCUAGGUGCCAUUGUCGUUGAGGAUGACCAAAUUCAAUGGUCCGUCGCAGCCGUCGCAAGUCCUGAUGGAGUUCAGUCGUUCCCUGGUGGCCAGUCUUUGGAGACGGUCGAAGAUCAAGUGGCUCGACAAGUGACGCUUUACGUUCUACGCUUCAAGGAGGUAGUCUUUGUGCAGAAUCUCCUUGAGGAUGACCGAUUUUCCAACGUCUCAGAAGCUUAUCUAAAACGGAAUCCUGUUGGUAAAGCAGUCAUAGCGAUCCCUAUAUUGCACGGAAACGACGACCUCUUACUCGGCUCGAUAUACGUCGAAGGACCUCCAAAUAGCUUCACGGAAAGGAACACAAAUGUCCUGCGACUCCUUGUCAACCAAAUUGCCAUAUCGCUUGCCAAUGCUCUGCUAUUUAAGAAGAUCGAAAAAGUCAGCGCGAGCAAUGAAGCUAUGUUGGAGAUGCAAAAGAAAUCUCUGACCCAAGCGCGCGAAGCCGAGAACAAAGCAAAGGAAGCAGAGGCCAUCGCUAUUCGUACCAUGAAGUUGAAGGAGGAGGCAGCCAAGGCGAAGUCUCUCUUCCUUGCGAACGUGUCGCACGAGCUACGAACGCCUCUCAACGGUGUUAUCGGCAUGAGCGAGCUACUCAAAGCUAGUCCACUCAAUGCUGAACAAGCAGGAUAUGCAGACAGUAUCCGCGUUUGUGCAGAUACCCUUCUAUCGAUCAUUAACGACUUGCUGGACUAUAGCAAACUGGAAGCUGGUAAAAUGAACAUGAUAUCAAUGCCACUGAGCCUGACAGAAACAAUUACCGAAGUCGUUCGUGCGUUGUCAUACACGAAUGCCGAACGAGGUCUGAAAACCAUAGAGCAACUAGAAAUCGAUCCUGACCUAUUUGUCAUGGGUGAUCCUGUCCGUCUUCAUCAGAUCCUGAUGAAUCUACUCUCGAACAGCUACAAGUUCACGCCUCACGGCUCGGUAACUGUCAAAGCUACUGUGCAGCGAGAAGAUAAGGACACAAUAGAUAUUACUUGCAGCGUCAUAGACACUGGAAUCGGUAUACCGGACGAGCAGAAGAAGAAGCUUUUCCUUCCAUUCAGCCAAAUCGAAAAUUCCAGUUCCCGAAGCUAUGGUGGUACCGGCCUGGGGCUGAGUAUUUGCAAAGCAAUCAUCGAAAACGUAAUGAUGGGCAAGAUUUGGCUCGAGAGUACGCCAGGAGUAGGAACCACAGUAUCUUUCUCGUUGAAGUUCAAAAAGAUUCCUAAAUCGGAAGCCAUGCGGAUAGAAUGGGAUUCGCGCGAUCCGGAUCCUAUGGCGAAAUUUUCUGCCCAGGAGAACAAUGGCCACGAGCAAUUACCAAAUGGUUGCAUUGAUCUAUCUAAAGUUCCAAGGAAAGAGCUUCGUAUCUGCAUCGCCGAAGACAACCUCAUCAACCAGCGGAUAGCGAUUUCGUUUGUACAGAGGCUUGGGUUCAUGUGCGAAGCUUGCGCAGACGGCCGGAAGACAAUAGACGCGUUGGAGAAGGCAAGCAGAGAGGGCUUUCCGUUCCAUCUUGUCUUGAUGGAUGUCCAAAUGCCCGUCCUAGAUGGCUACGACGCCACCAGAGAAAUCCGAAAACACAAAGACCCCGUAAUCCGCAACGUCCUCAUCAUCGCCAUGACCGCAUCCGCUAUCCAAGGGGACCGAGAGAAGUGCUUAGAGGCGGGCAUGAAUAAUUACCUUGCCAAGCCAGUUCGCGCCCAAACACUAAAAGCACUCCUCGAAUCCUACCUCUCUCAGCCUGAGAGAGACAUGCCGGAUCUCCAGCAACAGGCCAACACACUCGCUAGACGAGUUAUGAUAGAUGCCGAACAUGAUGCCUCGGAAGCCAAAGAAAAUAAACGGCCUAGAACUUCGAGGGAGAACACGGUGCUCAAGGCGAACGCAGUAUCGAAAGUAGUGCCUGAUGAAACGUCCACCAAUACUACCCGAACGCCUGACGCAAAUGGUGCUUCUUGAUGGCUUUGAUAUCCUACAAGCGCUACUUUUUGCAUGGGAAGAAAGACGUUGCAUCAUGAGCUGCAGGAGUCUGGUUCUUGUAAUGUGUUUUCAUGAUCCACUGCUAUAGACUUUUGGAUACCCGGAUGAUCACUUAAAGAGAGCAUCCCAGCGAACGGAACGGGCGUCUGGGAUGCAGUUUUUCCAAGACAGCGUUCCCUUUUGGUUUAUAUCAGGUUAGGGGCAUCGCGCUGGUGUUGGUGGCUCUUCUUCUUCUCUUCCUCUAAAUACGAUUUCCGGUGAUGGAUUUUGAUUGUGGGGCUCAUCAUUAGAAGGAGGGAAUUCACGAACACCUAUAUACGAAGUGGGAGUCGGUGCGCACAGGUUUCUUAGCUUCGGUAUCGGAUAGAUUAGAUAUCUGCACUCGAAAUCGCCAUAAAGGCUACAUUGGAAUGUAUAUGCACGC